GAUUAAAAGACUUCACUCCUGCAGCCACGAAUUCGGGAUUAGGGUUGGUUCUCAUCUUCUAUUCUCUUACACCAGGACUGUAAUGCUGAUUUUAUGAUCCAGUUGAUAGAAGAAUAUAUAAAACUUCUCUAAAAGUUUCUCUCUGCCGCGCCGCGAGGAAACUAUCACAGCACCACCGUUGCAGCUUCAUCGUCAAGUUCUGAAGUUGUCACUCCUCAUUGUACUUGAGUAGAUGAUGUCCGAAGAGCGAGAAGAUCAAAGUGACUCUAGUUUACCAGAGAUAGGAAAUGCAGAUAUAAUCAUAUCAAAUGAUGAAAAAGCCGAAUCUCAGAAAAAGAAACGGAAGAAACUAUUGUUAAAAGAAGCUAAGAAGGCACGGAACCGUGGAGUUUGUUAUAUGAGUAGGAUACCUCCUCAAAUGGACCCAGUAAAGCUACGCCAAGUUCUUUCUCAGUAUGGAGAAAUUGAUAGGAUUUACCUUGUGCCUGAAACGAAGCAGUUACCUCAGCAAGUAAAUCGCAAGAAAGCUGGUGAUUUUCGAGGUCAAGGCUUUUCAGAAGGGUGGGUUGAAUUUACGAAUAAAAGAGUUGCAAAGAGGAUUGCUGAAAUGUUAAAUGGGGAACAAAUGGGUGGGAGGAAAAAAUCAUCGUUCUUUUAUGACAUAUGGAAUAUCAAGUAUCUAAGUAAAUUUAAGUGGGAGGAUCUUACGGAAGAAAUCGCUUACAAGCAUGCUCUUAGGGAGCAGAAAUUAACUUUGGAAAUAUCUGCUGCCAAGAGGGAACGGAAUUUCUACAUGGACAAGGUUGAUAAGUCUAAAGGCCUGACUGCCAUAGAAGAACGGAUGAAAAAGAAGCAGAAGGUCCAAGAACAAGGCUCGGAGAUAAAUUCAGAUCCCCAAGUGGAUCAGCAAGAACCAAAAGUAAUUCGCCAAUUCCAACAGACAAGGCCAGUUAAGGAUGAUUCAGCCCAGACCAAACUUCGAAUGUCUAGAGAUGUCUUGGCCGGGGUAUUUGGUGGAAAAUGAUCAUCACCUGCUACACCAGGCCUGGUUCUGGACCCUACUGAAGGUCCAGAGUGUUGUACGAGCCCAACUUUUGCAUUUUUUGUUUUCAUGAAAAACUUAUUAUAUUAAUAUCAGUGAGAUGUAUUGAAUCAAUUUACUGAUGGAUUGAUAAACCUAUGAGACUCGUUCCAAACGGGUACUCCCUCCGUCCCACUAUUAAUUGACCUAGUAUAAUUUAGAAAUGAUUUAUCUCUCAAACUA